AUGUCUUUCCCCUGUUUAUAUUGCGGUCAACUUUGUAGAACAGAAGCAGGCCGUCGCAGUCAUGUCAAACAAACUCUAUGCAACUACACUCCUGGCUUGCCCUCUGCCCCGCCUUCUCCUCCCAGUUCUGAACACUCUGGUAGUGACGAUGGCAAUAUUGGUAGUCACCAUGAUGAUUAUAGCAACUAUCAGGAGGACGAUCAAAUGGACGUGGACUCUAGCGAGGCAGAUUCACUCACAAUUGAAUACCCCAAUGCUGAAAAAGUUAUCGGUCAGGGGGUUACCUUUAUGGAUGAUUUCAAUGACAAUCAGUUUUCCAAGGAACGGGAAUUGAAUGUAUACUACCCUUUUGCUUCUAGGCCUGAGUGGGAGACAGCUAGUUUCUUGCUCAAUUCUUCACUUUCAAUGAAUGAGAUAGAUACUUAUCUUAAACUUGAUUUAACCAAGAAGAAUAACUUGUCUUUCAAUUCUGCUCAAAGGUUAAAUGACCUAGUGGAUAUGCUCCCCCCUGUUCCUCGCUGGAAAUUCCGAAAGAUCGACACCCUUCCUCUCUAUCCUUCAAAGAGCCCCUUGGUCUUGUACCAUAGAGAUGCUCUCGAAGUCCUUCAAGAUCUGUUAAAGAGUCCUUUGAUCAAAGACUCUCUGAGUUUUACUCCUUUGCAAAUAUUCGCCACAUCUGAAAAGGCUAUGCGUAUCUACGACUCUUGGCUGUCUGGAACAAGAGCUUGGGAUAUGCAGAUGCAACUCCCUGAAGGUGCUACUUUGUUAAGUACUAUUUUAUCUUCCAACAAGACAAAUAUCUCAGUUAUUACGGGAAAUUGGGUAGCUCAUCCUCAGUUCAUAUCAUUGGCCAAUAUAGACUCGGAUCUAUUGUCCAAAGCGUCGUUACAUCUAUUCAAUCUGCUUGCUCUUCUUCCUAUACCAAAUUAUGUUGAGCAGCGUUCUCUCAUACGUGGAGUGUUGGAAAAUCGACUCUACCACGGAUGUCUUGAUAUUGUUCUUGAACCUCUCAAAACUGCUGCUUGCAUUGGCUGCAUGAUGAGCGAUCCUUUAGGACAGCUUAGGGUUUGCUUUACCCCACUUGCUAGUGCUGUAGUGGAUACACCAGAAGCUACUUUGAUAGCCUGUGUGGGUGGGUCAGCGAAAACAUCUCCAUUUACCCUGGCAAUAGCCUCGGUAGCAGUUCGCACCAAUGGGGUAGUCCAUCCUUUCUGGAGAGAUUGGGCGUUAGCUGAACCCUGCGAAUUUCUCACUCCCGAACCCCUACACCACUGGCAUAAGAUGUUUUGGGAUCAUGACGCCAAGUGGGCCAUUCAGGCAGUCGGAGGCAUCCAAAUUGACUUCUUAUUCUCGAUACAUCAGUCGGCUGUAGGAUAUCGCCACUUCAAAGAGGCUGUAUCAUCCAAAUUUGUCGCUGCUCUCAGAUCUCUCACCGACUUUCGUUAUGCUGGCCAAGCCCCUCGAUUCAGUAAAACCUCAUCUCUUCGAGUACAGAAGGCUCUAGAAGAAUUUCACGCAAACAAGUCAGAAAUUCUGAGCUUGAAAGCCCGAGUCAAUCCAAAAGGAGUAUUUAUUGAUAACUGGGAAAUCCCUAAGUUAGAGUUCCUACAAAGCGUGGAGCCUAGUAUCUGUGCAUCAGGUCCUGUAAUGCAGUGGACAGCAGAUGUCACCGAACAUGCGCAUAUCUAUCUUGUAAAAGAUCCCGCUCGCUCUGGCAACAAUCAUGACAUGGAAGUCUUUAUUUGUAGGAGCUUAGAUCGUCAAGCCCGUGUGAGACGGUUCAAUCUUAUGACUGCCAUGAAAGAUGCCCAGGUUGAUUUUCACCUAGGUGAUGUCGAAGGGGAUGAAGGCGGUGAUGGCGAACACAUUCAGGAAGGAGGAAAUGAAGAGGAAAUCACCUACAUAUCGACAACCGAGGAGCUGGUGACUCAACUCAACCCCGUAUCUCACAAGCUUUUUGGGUCUUUCCAUCCUAAACAGAACUUUUUUCUCAAAGCCCGUUUGUUGAGGCAGAUACUUUCUGCUCCUCUUCCUCAUCGCGUCUUCACUGACGAAAUCUCCGGAAAUAUUGCAGCCUUCAGUCUGGUUCGAGAUCUAGACCUGAAAACUAUGUCUAUUGAAGACACUAGUCAGCUUUAUUUGAUUCAAGAUUUCCAAGGAGCCAUUUCUGAUUUCAUAGACCGGUUCAAGGCUGGUAUACAAACAUUUGUUGUAGGAGGUAGAAAAAAUGGAAACUCACAAUCGAUCAUACCCUUUACCAAAUCAAAGACUUAUUUCAAUUGGGAUCUUCUUGCAGAUCCUCAUACUAUAUUUGCAGCUCCUCUGGGACCUUCUUGGGAGUUUGGACGUUCAAAUGCGGCUAUCAUCAAUAUCGAUCCCAAAUUUCAUUGGCCCAGAAGCUCCUUGGAAGGCAUGUAUCCUUCUCCGGCAAUAGAAGGAACUCAUCAGUUCUUAGCCUACUGCGAAUGUUUAGAUGUAGUCAACCAACCACCGCCCCCUCCUCAGUACCAACAUCUUCCUGGAUACAGCGCUUGGCCCCCUUACUUUCCUGCCUAUUCUUCUGGAUGCUUUAUUCUAAAACGCGCUCGAAGAACUGAUACAACUCCUUUGGGUGAUAUCAUUCCUAUUUCUCAGUUUAGAUCUUUUGCAGAUAUUUGUCCUCGCUACAAAGGGCAUCCACAUACUUCUUUGACCCAGACUACGAGCCAGUAUUGUAGCGAGGAGUUUUUAUUGAACAAAUAUUUUAAUAAGGAGAUAUUUUUCGCCCUAGAUAAAGUAGAUCCUUGCCCUACUAAUACUGCCAAGUAG